UUGAUCAAUUCUUGUGGCAGCUGAAGCUCCUGGUUAAUCGUUAAUUUAUUCCAAAUAGUUCGCUCUUCAGUGAAAGUCGCUAGACAGUAGAAGAGCUUUAUUUGUGGCUACAAUCGGCGCCGGCUGUUCAUAGUACGCACUGAGACAUGGCAAACACCAUGUUUAGCCACUCUAGAAAAGGGGACAUCAAAGAUUUUUAUAACAUUGCAGACGGAGAGCUCGGAAGGGGAGCCUCUUCGGUGGUGAAGAUUGCCAAGCACAAAGGAACUAACAAAGAUUAUGCGAUUAAGAUGAUAACUAAAACUAAUAAAUGUGAUGUACAUUUUUUGUUUCAGUUUGUCCAUAAUCACCAUCCAGUUAUUAUUCAUCGAGACCUUAAGCCUGAAAAUCUGUUGUAUGCCAGUGAAGAAGAAGAUGCACAGUUAAAAAUUGCAGAUUUUGGGCUAUCAAAGAUGCUUUAUGGUGAACAAGGAAACACAAGUACAGUAUGUGGAACACCUGGAUACUGUGCUCCUGAAGUAUUGUUGGGAAAACCCUACGACACAAAAAUUGACAUGUGGGCUGUUGGUGUUAUUGCUUAUAUAUUGCUGUGUGGUUUUGAACCGUUUUAUGAUGAACGGGGUGAUCAGGCCAUGUUUCAAAGGAUCUUAAGGUGCGACUAUGAAUUUGUCAGUCCGUGGUGGGAUGAAGUAUCAGAAAAUGCUAAGGAUCUUGUGAGCAAGCUGAUCGUUCUUGACCCUAAAAAGAGAUUAACAGCAAAGCAAGCUCUAGACCAUCCUUUUGUACAGGGUAAGGGUGCAAAACGCGACAAAAAGGACAAGAAGUUUUUUGACAAGUUGCACGAAUUUAAUGCCAGGCGAAAGUUCAAGGGGGGAAUGAUUGCAGUAACGGCCUCGACUGCAUUUACUUUUAAGGCAAAGAAAUAGGUUUGUUAGUGAACCAUGCGGACUAUCACACAUGAUCCUAGGUAUGAUAACUCUUGCUUCACAAGACGCAGUCAAUUGAUUUUUUUGACGAUUGUUUGAGCUCCGAUGUUCUUCGGACAUUUAUGAGUAUUGUAAAUGCAGACUUUUCUGCCUGCGUGGCUUCGUUUUUCACAACCUUUUUUUAAAAAUGUCUAUAUUUGUGUUGUUGUUUCCGAUUAUUUUUGGCAUCAUAUAAUUUAACUAAAGAUCGAAAGAGAGUUCUUACGAACAUUUGCUAGAAUGACAUUGCUAAGUCGACCGUCCGGGUAUGGGUGGGGAUUGGGUGGGGUGGGGUGAGUGCUAAUAAUUUUAGUUAAAUUAUGGAAAGUUGUAAUUAGUUACACAAAGUCUAGCAAGGUCUGUUAAAACGUUGAUGUAGCUUAAAAUGUAGGCAUUUUAGGGUUUGAUCUUAUUUUUUGAAUCUACACGAUUCUCAUGACCAGAACAGAUAUGCAUGAGCCCUUUAUUGUCGCGACAACAUCUUCAUAGUCAAAAGGUGAACUGCAAAAAGAACUAUACGAGUCUAAAAACAUUCUGAAAAUUAGCUAUUAUUAGUCUUACUACAAUAAAGCUCAUCAGUUUUA